UGAGCUCAGAGCAAUGGCAGAGAUUGUGCCUGCUGAUCCUAUUGAUGAUCACAUUGGCAUUCGUAGUAAUUACGAGCAUGGAGAGACGUCAUCAUCAGCUGCAUACACAUCAACCGCCACCGCAGAACCGUUCUUUCAACCACUGGCCAUUACCAACGGAGGAAGUGGUGAGUAUGUUCCGGGCCCCUUUGACAGCGAGAGGUUGCCGUCGGUUUUCGCCUCCGAGAUUCAGAGGUUUCUUCGUGUUGCUAACAUCAUUGGAAAGGAAGAGCCUCGCGUUGCUUAUCUUUGUCGGUUUCAUGCUUUUGAAAUUUCGCACAACUUGGACAAAAGCUCCAGUGGAAGAGGCGUUAGACAAUUCAAAACUGCACUUCUUCAACGACUUGAGCAGGAUGAGCAUGUGACAAUAAGAAAAAGGAAGGAAAAGAGUGACACUCGUGAGCUUAAGCGUGUUUACCAUGCCUAUAGGGAUUAUUUUAUGAGACAUGACAAAGCAUUUGAUCUGGAACAAAGUCACAGGGAAAAAUUGAUUAAUGCACGAAACAUUGCCUCUGUUCUUUUUGAGGUGUUAAAAACAGUUUCGAAUGCAGCUGGUCCUCGGGCAUUUACCGAUGGAAAUGCAAUCCCCAAGAAAUCUGAAUUCAAUAUUUUACCCCUUGAUCAAGGAGGCAUUCAACAUGCAAUUAUGCAGCAGAGUGAGAUUAAGGCUGCAAUCGCAGUUAUGCGCAAUGUUCGAGGUUUACCCCCUGCACAAGAUUUCAAGAAAAAUGGAGGCUUUGUAGAUUUGUUUGAUUUUCUUCAGCAUUGUUUUGGAUUCCAGGAAGGCAAUGUAGCCAACCAAAGGGAGCAUCUGAUUCUUCUCCUAGCCAACAUGCAUACUCGGCAAACACACAACCAGACAUCGGUUUUAAAGGUAUCCAACUCUCUUACAUCAGUUUAUUCAAUAUCUUUUUCAUUUUUCUGA